AUGUUUUCGUUUCUAACCAACUUGUUGCUCGACAACGUCGCCUACCUUAGCGUCAUCGCCGUUGCCCUGGGCUCCUACUAUUAUUCAACUUGGACGUACGGUAAAUGGCGAAAAUUGAACAUACCGUUCAUACCACCAGUGCCACUGUUUGGCAACAUGUUUAAAAUAAUGAUGAGAAUCGAACAUCCGAUUGACCUGUCCGAGAGGAUGUACUACCGAUUUCCGAAUGUUAAAUGGUUCGGGAUUUACCAGAUGAGGGAGCCAAUACUGCUGGUCCGCGACCCGGAGCUGAUCCACACGAUACUGGUCAAGGACUUCUCGUACUUCACGGACCAUGGUAUCGACGUGGACCCAUCCAUGUCCGUGCUGGCCAAUAGUCUGUUCUUCUACAACGGCCGGAGAUGGAGGACAAUGCGCCAAAAGCUCAGCCCGGGCUUCACAUCCGGAAAAUUGAAGGACACGUACUGCCAAAUCAACGAGUGCAGUGACGAGAUGGUGUCAGGUAUCGUAGAUACUCUCGAGAAAACUGACCGACUGGACGUGAAAAUGGUGACCGCUGGUUUUUCCACGGACGUGAUCGGCACUUGCGCGUUCGGCAUGAAGCUCGACGCGAUCAAGAACGACGACUCAGACUUCCGUCGGUACAUCAAGUUAAUGUUCCAAGCCACAAAGAAGCAGUUGAUCGUACAGGUGUUGAUGAUGAUCUGCCCCUGGGCGAUUAAGCUGCUGAAAAUCCGAUUGUUGCCAGUGGAAGCUACCGAUUUUUUCUAUAAUGUGUUCAGCGACGUCUUCAAGUACCGCGAAGAGCACAACGUGGUCCGCAACGAUUUGACGCAGACCCUUAUGCAGGCCCGUAAAGAAUUGGUGUUGAAAGAGAACUCGACCAGGGAAGACAAGUUCACCGACAAAGAUAUCAUCGGUAACGCUAUACUCAUGUUCACUGCUGGUUCGGAAACUGUGUCGUCUAUGCUAUCUUUUUGCCUUUACGAAUUGGCGUUGAACAAAGAAAUUCAGGACAAAUUACGAACGGAAAUAUGUGUGAUGAAAGCAAAACACGACGGACAGUUAAACAACGAUUAUUUGAUGGACCUCAAUUUCACUACUAUGGUUUUGGAAGAGACUGGUCGCAAGUACUCCAUUGCUUUUAGCUUAAUGAGAGUGGCUACAAAAACAUACACUUUACCCAACGAACCACUUGUUAUUGAAAAAGGACAAAAAAUCUUCAUACCUAUGUUCAGCAUACAUCGUGAUCCAAAAUAUUAUCCCGAUCCGUUGAAAUUUGAUCCGGAAAGGUUUUCUGUGGAACAAAAAUCUCAACGACCUAAUGGCACUUACAUACCGUUUGGCGACGGACCGCGACUGUGUAUAGGAAAACGAUUUGCCGAAUCAGAAAUGAAAUUGGCCUUGUCCAACGUAUUGUCAAAAUUCGAAGUCUUGCCGUGUGAGCAAACCGAAAUUCCCCUCGACUUAAGAAGUGAAUCAACCAGUUUUAUUUCACCCAAAAAUGGUAUCGUGUUAAAAUUUAGACCGAUCAUUACACAAUAG